AUGCCUGUUCUCAAGGUUGUAGUUACCCCAAAGUUGCGCUGCGAAAAGUCUGGCUGCGAGCUCACCAAAUUUACCACUCGAUCCAAUCUUAAGAGGCACACCCAGUCCAAACACGGCACUGCCAUCCCCAUGUCCUGCGGUAAAGCUCUUCCAAACCAUAAGUCAAACAUAAAGCGCCACCAGAAGUCAUGUGGGAAAUCUUGUAUGGCUCUGGACCAGCUUUCUGCCCCCACUGAGCAAGUCAGCUUCGAAUCACCUACAAGUGCGACAACCGCUGCCACUGAGACCACGAACUUUGAUUUCGACUACGGCUUCUAUCCAGAAGAGACCGGCGAAAUGGACUUUCUCAUUGCCGACCUCCCUUUUGGGGAUCAUUGUCAAGUAAGACGUGAGCACGGAGCUCCUCACGAGGAGGAGCAGCCGCGGGAACUCUGA